GCGUAGCUGGGUCAGCUUCCUGGUUACACUCACCGCAUCAGAUGUGCUUAAUUUAAUUGGAAUAGGAGACAGUUCUGAAUUUUGAAGUGCUUUACAUCUGUUCAUGUAUCCAUGAAGCAGUCUCUUUGUGUGCGUACACAAAGGUCCAACCAUGUUGCCUCAGUUUGUGUACAGCACUCAGGAUUUUGUCACAGAUGUGCUUCAGAAAAGAGAAAACCGUCCACCACCUUCCAAGCUCGACUCGCUCAUCAGAGAUGGUUGGACAGACAGGAUGGACAGAGGACUCUUCCGGUACCAUCUAGGGGAUUUAAAAACGCGUAUCCUACCAGGGUCAAAUGGUUACGUCGCUCAGCUCAAUGUCCAACGUGGAAUCGAGAGGAGGAAGCCCCAGGAGAUACUGAGCAUUCAGCAAGAGUUUAACCCCAGUCAGUUUAACUUCAACAAAAUAAAUGCAGAAGAAAUUAUGUUUGAGAUGAAGGACACAGGUGGAGGGAGAGAUGUACCUGAUGACCAGUUGCCUCAAACUUGCAGGAUGGUUGUGUUGAUCAAUGUUAGCCCUUUGGAGUUUGGACACUGUCUUCUUGUUCCAGAUCCGUCUCUCUGUUUACCACAGAUCCUGACGAGAGCUGCUGUCCAGGUCGGUAUCGAGUCUGUGCUCCUCAGCUCCAGCCCAGGUUUCCGUGUGGGGUUCAACAGCCUUGGAGCAUUUGCCUCUGUUAAUCACUUACACCUUCAUGGAUAUUACCUGGACUAUGAGCUGAAGAUUGAAUCCAGCCUGGUUAAGCCUUUGAUACCUGAGAAGAACUUUUUUCGCAUCCAAGAUUUUCCGGUUGGAUUUUUGCUCUAUACAGAAUCCGAAGAAGUGGAGACGGCAGCAAGAACGGUCUGUAAAGUGACAGACUUUUUUCUGGCUGAAAACAUCGCUCAUAAUCUGUUCCUGACCAGAGGAUGCCCACCAAGUGGUCAAAUGCAGACUGCGAAGGAGAGCUGUUUAAGAAAAGGUGUACGUAUAGCUAUUUGGCCCAGAACAUCCUGCUUCGGUGCCAAAGAGGAAUCUGCCUUUAAUGUUGCACUCUGCGAGUUAGCAGGGCAUUUACCCUUUAAAAAUAAAAAGGACUUUGAGUGUACAACUGAGAGAGAGGUCAUCAGUAUAGUUCAGAAGUAUCUUCUGCCUGAUGAUGAGUUUCACAAGCUGGAAGAACAGCUUGUUAAACACCUACUGACUCAUUAAUGUCUGGAAUACAUUUUGAAAGACUUAAAGAUUCAGCGCAGUGCAUAAAACGUCAGAAUCAGUUAAUGAGUUGCUAAUGCUUUUGCUUUUGGGUUACUGACUGAAGUCUACUAAUAAAUGCACUUUCAUUUAAAUGUCAGAUUUAACCUAAGAGGGUACCAGGACCCCCUUAGAUCAGUGUUGGAAACUUGUGUGUAAAUAAAAUUUUAUUUGAUAUACAAUAAUAUAGUCUUCAUUUGAUAACUCUUAAGUGUUACAGCUUUUGAAACUGGACUUAUGUAGGUUAGUCAAGAGGCAAAAAUAAGAAAAAAAAAAAAAAAAA